AACAUAGUUAUUGUGCGUUGCGCUCAUAAGUAGGCAACAAUAAAUUGUUUAAAGUGCAACACAAGAUACACGCACACACACACACACAAACAAACAUAUCCCAAAAAUAAAUAGCUAUCAGCUAACGGUAUUAAUCUAUACUAAGUACUUGGGAACUGCAAGCAAAAAGAGCUCAACAUGCUGAUUGGAUUAGUACGCGAUUCGGUGAUGCAGUGUUUCUGCCACACCUGCCGUGCACCGGGCAUUUUGCCAUCGGUAGUUUCGAGAAGAUCUGCGCCCAUCAAGAAAAAUAAUAAAAUACGCUCAAAGCAGCCACGACUCAACAAGAAAGUGAAGUUUAUAACCACUGAGAUCCGUUGCCAGGAGAAGUCACGCGGUGGCCUCAGCUAUGAGGUCAUUUUGGCCGAACCGGCACCCAAUGUGGCAGUGCCCAAGCGUCCCGUCACCCCUGGCAAAAAUGUCAGCGUCGAGGAGAUUGAGCAAAAGCUAAAAGCAGCCGAGGAGCGCCGAAUUUCCUUGGAGGCCAGGAAGAUGGCCGAGAUCUCGAUUAAACUGGCCAAGGUUGAGGAAGCUACACGCAAAAAGGAUGAGAUUACCAAUGAGUUCAUUACUCAGACCAAGGAGCAACUUGAGACCAAAAUGGAGCAUCAUGUAGAGAAGCGCGACGCCAUUAUCAGCGACAUGAAGGAAAAGCUAAAGAUUCACGCUCAGGAGAUUGAGAAGACGCGCGAGACUUUGGAGCAGCAAAAGGCUAAUGAGCAGAAGGCCAUUGAGGAGAAAUUGAAGACCGCUCAGGCUUUGCGCGAUGAGAACAUUAAGAAAAUGUUGGAUCGCCUCAAGGAGCAUAACACAAUCAAAAUUGCUGAAAUCAAAACGCAGAACAAUCAAUUGGAAAAUCAAAAGCUUGAGGAGAAAGCGCGCAUUAUUGAAAACAAAUUGUUCACCGCCGAGCAGAAUCGCGAAAAGGAAUUGCUCAAAAAAAUUGAGAAAGUUCAAAAGCUUGAACGUCGCGCUGAGGUUGUGCGUCAGAACAAGGCCCAGACCCAGGAUAUUGAUGGCCAGCAGAGUCCCAUUGCCUCGUCGGGUUAGGCGCUGAUGGAAUUGUCCGUUGUUGCUGAAGAACGUGGAGCGUCUUAAGCUUACAGCUUGCAACGGUUGCAACAUUGCAUACGACAACAGCAAGAAAAACUUCAACACAUAUUUAAGCGAAAAACUUUAAGCAACAACAAACAGAAUUGCUUCAAAAAUUUCAAGUAUUAUACAAAAAUCGAGCAAAAAACAAUGAAAAAAAGAUGAUUUUGCUGAGCAAAGGCAGCGUUAGUAAACAACAGGCAACAACAAAAAUAACAACAUCUUAAAAGAUAGAUUACAGCAAAACGCAAACAUUUAAACUCAAACUUUACACUACACUCUACACUACACUACAAAAGUGAAAACAUGAUAAGUGCAUACUGCAAAUUAAUACGAAAUACAUUUAGAAAGCAAAUUUACAUAUAUGUACAACUCAAAUCGAAAAACAAAAAUUAAAACAAAAGCAUUAUGAUAAGGUCUACUAUCGAAUCAUAUAAUUAAUUUACUGAAUAACCCUAAUUAAUAUUGAAAUUUUAAAUUCGCUUCAACUUUUGUGGAGGCAUCGUUUGAGUUAAUUUUGUUUCUGUGUGAAUGUUUCAUUUUAAAAGUCUUGUUAACUUUUUUUACUUGUUCGAUAUAAAGCAUAUUAAACAUCCUUAAGGUAAUUAAGUGUAUUUUCAAUUGAUUUGCAGAGCAUUUUCAAAGAACUAAAUGCCAUAAGAAAUGGUUUGCCUGUCGUUUUGUGUUUGCUUUGCUUGAUGAUAAAGAAAACAAAAAAAAAAAAACAAGAAACGCAAAAUAUAUUUAUAUCAAUUUUAUUAUUUAAUUAAAUAUGAUUACUAUCUAUAUAAUUUAACAAUUAACUUUAAUUUAUAAACAUAUACGAAGUUGCCAGUUUGACACUUCUUAACAUUUUAUACCAUUUCUGUAUAAGUUCGCAUUUUCUAUCUAUAUAAUAAAUGUCAAACAGGAAAAAUAAA